CACAUUAUACAUGACUGGGGUUCUAUUUAUUGGAAAGACCAUAAUACUGACCAGAACUUUAGAAAAUAACAUCUGUAUAUCAUAUGUGUCAUCAUGCCGUUUCUUUAAUCCCAUAUUCGCUAAAACAAUACGUGUCUUACAUAUUGUAUUCAGUGUCCUGCAAAAAUGGUAAAUAUUUACCCUGGAUAGUGUUUAAUGUACCAAUGACCUUAUCUUAUUCAUAUUAGUCAAGAGCUCGUAAAUAACACCUACGAAAUGGACGCAAUAAAUUGCAGGAACUGGACGUGACCUUCAUUUUGUCACGUGACGUCAAAUGUAAAGACUGUAUAUUCCCGCGAAGCAUCGUAAAUUUCUCAAUCAGAUAAGGUAGAAUUUCGCCAACAUUUCCAGACUGUUCAAUGUAGACACUGCAUCCAAAACAGUCGACACAAAAUUUGAGGCAAUGUUGAGUCCUGCAGAAGUCGUUUUUUCUUUCCUGGCUUUUGUGAGUUUUGGACUCCAUAUAACCGGAAUAUCGACGACAGAAUGGUGGAAAUUAACGGACGAGUUUCCCAAUGGAACUGUUGAAAGCACGUCGUUUGGACUUUGGUGGACCCGCACGUGCAGAAAUGAUGUCUGCUCCGUGUCGUCUCGAAAUCUUUAUGGAGAACUUGCCUGGUUACUCGGGGUAGCCGCAGUAGAGGCAGUGUCAGCGGCCUUGUACGCUCUCUCACUUCCGGUGGCCAUUUUACUGAUAUACAGAGCAGUACGAGAUCUAAAUGUCGACAUCAUCAAAAAAUUGUACGUCGUCGUCUUAAGCGGGGCAGGUGCAGUCAUCAUUGUUGGUAUUGUAUUAUUUGUGAAAAAGAAGGCAGGACUCACUGAACGGUUUGCAAUGGCAACUAAAGACGGAGUGCCAGGCUGGUCACUAGCGCUGUCUUCGACAGGUGGCGCUCUUGGGAUUUUAGCGGGAGUUGCCAUGGGAUUCAGUCUUUUAUGCAGAACGAAAGAGUACGAUGAUGACGAACAACACGCAGAGAAACCACACGAAUACUGGCACCAGAAACACAAGGAAGUCAACUGACCUCCAAAUAAAGUCGUUAUUUACAGUGUAAACUAUAUAUAUUGAUUAAAAAUGUAUUCAACACU